ACAGGUUAAUACACAGAGUCAUGUCUAUUUUGAGAAUUCAUGCCAAUCUCAGAAAGGAAGUUUCAUGGGAGUAAAUUCAACAUGAAAACUAGCGGAAGAUACAGGAUAUUUCACGGUGUUGACUUCAGAAUUUGAAACACUGUCAAACUCUUAGAGAAAUGGAAAGAGAGUCAGAAGAAGUGUCUAAAGGCCAGCUUACUGACUGGACAGACAAAUCACAAGCUCAAGAAUAUGGCAGCUGCACUUCAGAUGAUGCUUUGGACGCUAUAGUUGAAAGGGAAGGAACCCAGUCUCCUGUUAACAAUGAAGAUGUCCUUUUCUCAACUCCAGAUUUCAGUCAGCUUCCAGAAGUAGUUUGGGUGGAAAUCAUGAGUUAUCUGCCCCUCCACCAGCAGUAUGCUGUAUCUCAAACCUGCCAAGUCCUAUAUGAGAUUUUCAAUCAUCCAAGCUUGUGGCAUACAAUGAAGAUUCACUUGUUUGGCUGUACUGACAAUUAUUCUCAUGCCUUCAAAAGCAAGAUAUAUAUUCCAAAUAAGUACAUAAAACUUGUCAAUAGGUUUGGUAAAUUUUUCAAACAGCUUACUCUGUCUGUAACUGAAUAUCUCAACAGAUUCCCAGAGGAAUGGAUCAAAAUCAUGCAGGAACUUAGUAAACAAUGCCGUCUGGAGAGGUUGACCUUGGAGAUAGGAAGAUUGACCUCCUACUACCAUAUAGAUGGAUACCAGCCAUCAGAGAAUGAUAUUGGAACUUUGUUGUCGUUUAUUCAACAUGCUGUUCGAUUGAAGUAUUUUCACAUUAAAUCGUGGCCAAUGUACCCAAGCAGCCUAUCAAAUCAAGAUCUGAACAUCUUUGAUGUAAUGCUUAAAAACCCAAAACUGGAAAAUCUGGAGACUCUUAGCCUGUUCUGGUGUAAGGCUACAGAAUGGUCAGAGAGAAUGCCAAUCCUUCCUUCGCCAGAAGCAACCUUACCACUCAUACACAAUUAUAGGAAUCUGAAACAGCUAAGUUUACGAUCACCCAUGCUUGAUAAAGAUAUUAUACUGGAACUUUCUAAACCUGGACGCUGUAAGCUCAAACUUCUACAGGUUUUUGUGCACUUCACUCCACAAAAUCAAAACUUCAAAAUACCAGAGAUAGCAUCAUCACUAUGGAAACAGUUUGUUUUAGCCAAUCCAGAGGUGGAGAUGGAAUGUACAAUAUUAGCCAGAACUCCCCAUCUAGAAUUAGCAUCCAUGUUGAAAACAGAAUGUCCACUUACUGCAAUCACAUUUUUGAAAUUUUCAAAAUGUGACUCAGAAAUUGUUUCUGCUUUGAAUGAUAUGUACCACAAAAGUUUGAAGAAAUUUGCAUGCUAUUGUGAUCCAUCAUGCAAAGAAGAUGAAGUUGUCUCCCUUGCAGUGAGAUCCCCGAAUCUGAAUCAGUUGGUAUACCAUGGAUCUCUUAGCUGUGAAUCAGUUGAAAGAUUGGCACAACUCCGUGGCACAUUUUGGAAAGAUUUUGUUAUCCUUGAUAGCUGUAUCACAGUCCAGAAUGUACCCUCCUAUGAUGAUGAUGAUGACAGAGUUAUUGCCCCUGGGGAAGAUGGCCAAUAUUAUCUUGUUGGAAUUGCAAGGUUUCAUCAGUCGGUACACCCUGAUUCACAGCGAAAACAAGAAAUGCAGGACAAAGUGUCAGAAGCCUUGGGGUACAAAUGGAAGCCAGCUUAAAAGUCGUAAUCACCAAUAUGUUAUGUAUUUUUGGAUAUUUUUUUGUCUACGCCCAGCUAUAUGCAAAUUUAAUCAUCACAUAGGUGUAUGCAUUUAUCUUGAUAGGGAUGAUAAAUACUCUAAUAGAGAAUUUAUUUGAAUCAGCUGCAUUUUUAUAUUGGUUAUAUUAUUGAAUAUGUAUUGUGUCAAUUUCAUUAUUUAUUUUACUACAACAAGGCAUAUCGUGGUUUAAAAUUAUGUUUUAACUUGAGGUAAACAGUUACAAAAUUGUUAUGCCAUAGCGAGUAAGCAAAGCUUGAUACUUCUAUUUCUACAAGAACAAAUUACCAUAUGCUGCUAUUAACCUAAAAUGACAGCAUUGUGCUUUCUGUAUCAUUUUAUCAAAUUAAAAAAAAAGUACUUACCAUAUUGAAAACAAUAGGAAUAUUCUUCUCAUAGUAAUUUCAGAAGAUGUAAGGUACUAAUAUUUGGUCAGUAGGUAUCUAGAAUAGAGUAGUACAAAGUUUCUUCAUGUAAAUGACCUUGACCAAUUUAAGGUAACAGAAGUCAAAUUUGUAAAGGCACUUUUGAUAAUCUUCUCAACUUCCAGAAGACUUAGGGUACUGAUGUUUGGCCAGUAUGUACUUGACAUGAUGUGAUACAAAUGUUCCUCAUAAAUUUUCUUGACCCAUUUAGUAUUUUCUAGGUCACUGUGGUAAAAUAGGUUAAAGCAUUUGACAAUCUUCCUCUUAAGAUCCAGAAGUCUCAUUGCAUUGACAUUAGGUCAGUAGGUACCUUUGAUGGCGUGCUGUAAGGUUUCAUCAUAUAUAUUUUCAAGGUCAUAGGGUAAAGUAAGUUAAAAACUUCACUAAUCAUCUCCAGUUCUUGAAGACCCAGAGUACUGAAAAUUGGCUAGUAGGCACCUGAGAUGAAGAGCUUAACAUUUCCUCAUAUAAAUGACUUUGACCAAUUCUCAAGGUCACAGUAGUAAAAUAGGAUCUUUAGUUCCAAAAGACUCAGGUUACUGAUAUUAGGAUAGCAGAUGCCUGGGAUGAGAUGUUCCGAUUCCAUGAUUUACAUGACCAAGGUCACAGGAGGAAAAGAAGUUUGAAAAGUUUUAUAUUCUUUCUAUCAGGUUCCAGACGACCCAUGGUAGUGAUGUGUUGGCAGUAGGUUAUUGACAUAGAGAGCUGCAAUCUUUCCCCAUGUAAAUGACAUUGACCUAUCUUGAAGGUCGCAGCAGUAAAUUAGAUUAAAAAAUUUAUUGUCUUCUCAGUUCCAGAAGACCUUCAGUACUGAUAUUAGGCAUGGAAGUACCUGAGAUGACUGUUAUAAAUUUUUCUCACAUAACUGAUAUUUAUUAAAUUUUGCUCUUAUAACUGACAUUGACCUAAUUUCAAUAUCACAAGAGCAAAAUAGGUUAAAAUCUGUUUCAUAAUUGUCUUCUCAAAUUUCAGAAAAUACUGAUCAUAUGCCAGUAGGUACCGAAGAUUGGAGUGCUUCAAAUUCCCAUCAUAUGAAUGACCUUGACCUAUUUUCAAGAUCACAAGUGUGAAACAUGUCUGAAAAAUUGAGUGAUCUUCCCAAGUUACAGAAGAUCACAAAUCUUAAUAUUCUACCAGAAGAUUACCUUGACUCAUCAUCAGGAUCAAAGGUGUCUUAUAGGUUGUUAAUCUUCAUGAAAUGUUUUAAUAAGUUCCAAAAGACCUAGAGUAUUGAUAAUUUGAAGGGAAAUAUAUUGAAUGAAGUGCUGUGAAGUUUCCUCUUAAAAUAAAUUGACCUAUUUUCAAGGUCACAUUAGAGAUUAGUAAAUUAAAACAGUUCAAGAAUCAUCUUAAGUUUCAGAAGACUGGGGUCAUGAUGAUUUGCAAGCAGGUACCUUGAAUGAAGUGCUGCACAUUUUCCUCAAAUAAAUGCCCUGCAAUUUUAAAAGGGUCAAAUUUACUAAAAAAAAAAUUAAACACAAUUUCUUGAAAACCAUAAUAUCAAAAGCAAACAUUAUUUUGAUAUCAUGACCAUCAGUAUCAUUGAAAUAUACUUUGGCAUCUUGAAAAAGGGUUACAAAACAUAUGGUUAUUUUAGCAUUCUUUUCUUAAAUUAUCCAUUUGAUCACGCCCCCUCAUUUCAUUCAGUCUCCUAUAUAGUCAAUGAAUUUUAGUAUCCCAAAUUACCAUUGAUCAUGAUGAUGAUAAAGUUUAUUUACCGAAAUAGCCCAUUGGUUAAGAUUAUGAAUGUAAUAUAUUGUAUACGAAACAUUGGUUAGUACCUUGGUUUGUACCUCAGCUCUAGGUUAUAUGUAUUUGACACAGUCUAGGCUAUAUAUAUAUAGAGCUAUGUGUGAGUAUGUGAUUUCUGUUUAAAUUUAACAAUAGAAUCCCCAAAUAACACAUCCUUGAUAUUCCAGGGGUUACGAUCACAGUGUCUCUCUGUACCCCUGGAACAGGGGCAAAAUUGAAGGUACAAGUGAUGUAAUUUGAUUGGUUCUAGGAUAAAUAAACUGACUAAUCACAGGCUGAUAUGCUCCUUUACAAGAUUACAAAGGAGAAAUACCCAGCUUCAAAGCCAGUAUAAGAUACCAAUAUUUGACCUUGAGAUUUGUUUUUUUAUGUUCAUCAAAUGAUCGAUCUAGUAUUUUGGUUUUGUCCAAAAGGUGUCACACAUGUAACCUUCAAUUUUGCCAUGACAUGUUCCAGGGGUGUAGAGAGUGAAAGUGAUUGUAUUUGGACCCUGGAAUAUCAGGAUUAACGUAACAUGUAGGAUGUAGUAAUGUCAGAAGUCUGUUCUCUAGAUAUUAUACUUUAUUUGUUAUGUACAUGUUUGGUUUAUGAGGAUGGUUUUACACUGGACUGUUUCUAUUUAUUAAAUCAAGUAUUUUAACAAU